AUGCCCAGAAUUAAUUCUACUGCACCAACAACAAAUUCUACGAUGCCCAGAAUUAAUUCUAUAAUGCUCAGAAUUAAUUCCACUACACCAACAACAAAUUCUACGAUGCCCAGAAUUAAUUCUACGACGCCCAAAAUUAAUUCUACAACACCCAGAAUUAAUUCCACUGUGCCAACAACAAAUUCUAUGACGCCCAGAAUUAAUUCCACUGCACCAACCACUCAAGCUCAAUUGGUUUCACAAAUUUCAUCAACUGCUACUCGUACCAAAAUUCUAAUUUCUAUGUCAUCAACGUUAUUAAAAAGAAUUUCACAAGAUACACAAACAGUAGUUAAUAAAAAGCUGCAAAUUGUUAUUGAGGAUGUAUUUAAUAUAG